AUGGAUUCGCUGUCUAAGAAGAUCCAGAACUUGGGUAUCCAUGAUCUGAGGAAUGCUGCGCGGUUUGCGCAGAACGUUAUAGUGCAGUAUGAGCCUUAUCAGGUGGAUGUGAGGCGUGCGACCAACACGGACUCCUGGGGACCUACGCCGAAGCACCUGGCCAAGGUGUUGCGGAACAGGUACCAGGUGCCGCUGUAUCUGAUCACGGAGUAUAUCCUGAAGCGGUUGAUCGACCACAUUGCGCAGCGGCCCAAGAACCUGUAUGAGAAGGCCCGUAAGGACUAUGUGAACUAUGGGUCUGAGUGGCGUGUGGUGCUGAAGUGUCUUGUUGUGAUCGAGUACCUGCUGAUGAAUGUAGACGACGGGGACGAGAUCAACCAGGUGCGGUCCUGUCUGCUGACCCACAAGCAUCUGAUCAGCAAAGAAGUGCUGAACUUCAAGAUCAAGUUCUCCAACGACGGUAAGAUGGAAGUGCACGAGCGUGGUAUCAGGAAGAAAGGUGAGUUGAUCAUGCAGUUCAUCGAGGACUCCAAGUUCUUGAAACAGGAGAGACUGAAGAACAAGAAGAAUGCUCUGAAGAUCAAACAGCAAGGGGAGUCUGACAUGCUGUACAACGCCGAUGCCAUGGCAUCGGUAUCAACAUAUGGUUCAUCCUCUAUGAGAGGCAGCAACAACUUCGACUACGGCGAAGACCUCGAUUUCGAUGACGACGACGACGACGACAUUCCAGUGGACAACAGACCUCGCAGACGCCCAUCCCAUGCCGAUCAGCAAAGAAAGCAAAGAAGAGAGAUACUAAGAGAACAAAUCAGAAACAAAGAACAACAACGAAGAGAUUAUUACCAAAAGAAGAAGGAAGAAGAAGAAGCUGCUAAUGUGCCAGAUUUGAUCAGCUUCGAUGACUUAGAGCCUAAGGGUACAACAAACACCAGCACCAAGUCCUUAUACCCAUCUGACAGCAGGUUGCCUAGCAAAUCAGCUACCAUCGGUGAAGUCGAUGACGAAGAUGAAGAGGAUGAGUUUGGGGACUUCCAAAGUGAAGUUGCCCCUGGCUCUUCCAAGCCAGCCGCAACAACUGCCAAUGCUUCAACCACCAAGCCAGCGGCAGCUACUGCUGCAGCCAACGACGAUCUAAUGGAUUUGUUUGGCCCUUCAAAGACACCAGUAGAGGAAGUCAAGAAGCCUGCAAAGAAGGAUGCGUUUUCAGAUCUGUUUGCUAGCUCGAAGUCUUUGAUAUAG